AGGAGGGGUUAUGGGGGGGGGGUCAUGCCCCGGGCUAGGUGUCAUGAAUGAGGCGGGAUUUUGUACGCACCAGGAAGCAGAAAACCCUGACAGACUGAACUCAGGAUAGAGAAGUCCGAGACGCCCUGGCAACCUCCCCGCGUUCCUCAGUGUGUUCAAGCGUCUCUGUCAGAAGUUGCCACGCAUACACGGCGUUAUGAUGUGGAGAUUGGUGAGCUGCACACUGUGCUUCUUUGUCUUUUCACAGCCCACCCUACGGUCUGUUUGGGCCACGGAACAUGAGCUGGGCGGCGAGGUCAAGAUCGAAGUUCUGUUUAAGCCCGAGCAGUGCACUCAGAAGAGUAAAAAAGGAGAUCUGAUGAACGUUCAUUACGAUGGCUUCCUCGCCAAAGAUGGUUCCCAGUUCUACUGCAGUCGAUCAGACAAAGAUGGGCACCCUCAGUGGUUUGUCCUGGGUGUUGGACAAGUCAUCAAGGGCCUCGAUAUUGGGAUGAUGGAUAUGUGUACUGGAGAGAAACGAAAAAUAACCGUUCCAUCUGCCCUGGCAUUUGGAGAAAAAGGCAAAGAUCCAGUGCCACCCAAUGCGACGGUGGUCUUUGAGGUGGAGGUCUUCUCGGUGUCCAGGGGACCACGCAGCAUGGAAGCUUUCAGAGUCAUUGACCUUGAUAAAGACAAAAGUCUCACAAAGGCUGAGGUAAAAGAAUAUUUGAGAGUGGAGGAUGAAAAAGGAGGGAAUGAAAAGGGUGACCCUUUCUAUGAGAAGAUUAUGGCUGAUAUAUUUCGCAAGAUUGACCACGACAAAGAUGGAAUGAUCAGUGUAAAGGAGUAUAAUAUUUAUGGACAUGACGAGCUUUAGUGUCGCAAUCGUUGACCCAGGUCAUUUCUCAGUUAUCGGAUCAAUUAGACAUUCAAUUAACCAAGAAUAGUUAACGGGACAAUCCACCCGCAGAUGUUCUCACACUGUCAGAAGUCUGUUUAUUAUUUUCACUCAAGUCUGGGUCAUAUCUUUGUAUUUUUUUUUUGGUCCAACCACUUUACUUCAGCAUGCCUCAUCCCCUCUUCUUCAGUCAGUGGUUUCCUACCCCUACAUUCAAGUCUAUCGAAGAAGCAGAAAAGUGUAUCUCUUCCUUGUCUGUAGUUGAGUUCUCCCCAUAUCAUUUUUCAUCAGUUAAAUGGCUUUUUUUUUUUUUAAAUCCUUCUGCUGUGAAAAGACUCUAGCUGUGAAUAUCGCAAUGAGAUAUCCCAUUGUCCAUGUUUGACCAGUUAUCCAUGAUAAUGAUAUGAAAUUUCUCACAGGCUCCUCCUUGAUCUACUGUGGCUUGGAUUGUGUUUCCCCAGUAUGUCGCUUUGGACAGAAGCAUCUGCCAAAUGAAUGUAAAAUGUAAAACAUCAAAGACCUAAAUGGGAUCCGAAAUGCUGGGGAAUCACCCUUAGCUGUUUUUUUUAUAAAAAGUCUUUAAGAGUUUAAGGGUGGAUUAGUCCUUUAAAAAGCAGACAGGUUAGAAGUGUUUUGAGGUAUUUGGAGUCCCCAACACGAGUUGACUAGCCUCCCAAUUUUAAUACCAAGUAUUAAACUAUUCAAGUAAGAACAUCCGCAACCACGGUGAAAACUAUUACUUUUCUGCAAACACCACCAAAUUUUAUUAUUUGAAAUGUGGUAUAUUUUUUGGUGAAGAUUGACUCAAUUUGCAGCACAACGUACAAACCACAUGAUUGCACAACGUUUUGGAAUCAGGGGCUUUGAAACUGGAACAGGACUGUCAUGUGAGAACUGAGACGAUGUUUUAAGCUGACACAAGAAAAAAUAGCUCCAACUUUCCUACUUCCCUGUGAGGUUUUUUCCUGCCCUCUGAUAUGCAAUAUUGCGCGAGUCCACGCAGAGAGGUGACUGCUAUAUUUUUUGAGUCCCACUCUUUUUGAAACACUUCUCAGAUUAAAUGUUUGUUAUAAACAAACGUAAACUAAAUGAAAUGUGGCAGUGGCUUGAAUAUAAUUGUUGAUGAAAUGGACUUUUAUAUGCAUUGUGGUUUGUCAGAAAUGUUUUACAAGUUUAGUGUACAUCUUUUAAGGCCAAAAAUCAGGAUUAUCAUUGUAUUCAGCUGAACCGUUGUUGUAUUUAGAAACACAAUAAAAAAAACCCAUAUUACAUGUGUAAAACUACAGUACGUCUCAUGUAAUUCAGAUUUUCCUCCUUGGUUGCAGCCAUGGAUUUGUGGGCUUUUUGAGAUCUUGCAUUUAACUUCCAUCUUAGGUUGAUUUAGCAGACAUGAGAGGACGGACCUCGUAAGACAAAUGUUUUUUAGUGUUAUGUGUUUUUCUG